GCCUAUACCGGUUGAUGGGCGCAGUAUAGUUGGCUUGUCUAGUUGCAGCCAAGCGUUUGGCGCUAGUUGGCUACGAGCUGAUAAGUCAGUUGCUUGUCAUCGAGCCCAAGGAACUAAAGCCACCGACAAGAGCAGCAGCGGCAGCAGCUAGCUUUUGCAUAUUCGUGUGAAUACAAAGAUGAAGCUCUUCGGCAAUUGGUUUCGAUUCGUCGCCAUAGCGACUGGGGCCGCUCAUUUCAUUUUCGCCGUCGAUUCCAAUUCAAUCGCCACCGACAAAUCGCCGCCCGACAAGGAUACUUCCGGUAAAGGUAGGGCUUCCUACAUCUGGGAAAAGAGAGUCACUCCGCCGUAUCCUUACCAGCAGCAGUAUCACACGUACAAGACGAUUGUAACUCCUGUCCAAUCGUCAAACAAGUUUGCAGCGGAGCGCGUCCAACAACAUCGCAUAGGCGCAGAACAUUUGAAAUCCGAUUUCCGGCCUACCGUUACGUCACAACUGCCUGUCGCUGCCAUUUCAAGCGGUCAACGACUGCUGGAGAGAGAAGAAAUUAGCCCUAAAAAGUCUUAUGGUUACAGCGGAGGUAGUAGCCAUAGCCAUGACCACCACCACGGAGGCGGCGGCGGCGGUGGCCAAUACUACGCGGCUCAACCUUUGCCGUAUUACCCCGCGACUAAAGAGCACAGUUUUGGCAUUGGCAGUUUUGGAUUUUUCAAGCCGCUAUUUCUCCUCUUGAUUUUGCCAUUCUUUUUGCUUCUCUUCUUCGUCGCUGUCGUUUUCGUCGUCCGCAUAGCGGCGGCCUCUUCGUCCACCACCGCGACCGCCGCCCUGAGUCAACAGCAGCAACAGCAGCAAGAUAGCAACAACAAUAACAACAACGCCAACAAUGACAACAACAAUAACAACAACGCCAUCGUUUUGGCUUCUUCGACUGGGACGUUUGUCAUUACCAUCAACGCCACCGGACGCGCCCACAACAACAAUUUCUUGGACUUUCUCAGAAGCCCCGCCCCGUUAUUCAAUUGGCACAACUCCUAUCAUCACACUACUCCGGCCCCGAUGGCGUUGGUGAAUGAGACCUGGUUAUUGGCGUAAUUCCAUUUGAAUGACAAAUCAGAAUUGAAAAUGACCGAUAAGUCAUUGUGUACAUUGUAUUUUAGUUCCCCAAUGGGUAUUUUGAGGGUAUCUGUGUAGAGGUGUUGAUCUGUUGAAAUAAUCGGCAUAAUAGAAAAAUCUUGUUAUUCCGUUACAUUUAAUUCGUUUCGAAAUUACAUGGUGGCUUCCAUCAAUUGGAAUGGUUGAAACACAUAUAGACGGGUGAACUUCAACUUUGAACGAUCCUCUAUCUCCAUCCUGGUUGUUGAUCUAACAGAUGUUUGCCCGUUAAAACAAUGUUGGUAAUUCUUUCAUUUCACAUCUGUGACUGGAACGAAUAUUUCUAGUUUGGCCUCUCCUCAACUUCGAUUAUUGUGGAUUGCGUCUGAGUAAUGACGACCCGUGAAAAGAUCAAUUUUGAUGCGGAAAUAUCUGUCUUCACCCCUAUACAACCAGCUGUUGUGAAAGGGUCUAGACUCUCGUUUUUAUGUAUGUACGCCGACUUAUUGCUUUUCAUUUGCAUGAAAUGGACGUUCAAUUAUGUAGCGGUAUGCUGCGUGUUGUUUGACUUUUUCAAUGGCCAUUGUUUCAUAUUUCUGUGCAGAG